AAACUAAGCAAUUAACAGACAUUGUCAGAAGAAAACAGCAGCAAAGAAAAAUGAGCCAAAUUAAGAAAUGCCCUCAUAAUUUAAAAACUAAUACAGUAUUCUUUUGGGUGUUGGUAUUGAUAAGUAAUGUUAUUAGUUUCUCAAAAGCAGACCUUGAACGUGGGUUUUACAUGCAGUCAUGCCCCUUGGCUGAGGUCAUUAUCAAAGAUGAGGUUCGUCGAGCAUUUUAUAGCAACAGGGGUUAUGCUGCUGGCCUUCUAAGGUUGCACUUCCAUGACUGUUUUGUCCGAGGAUGUGAUGCAUCGGUUUUGCUCGAUUCAACUCCUGGAAAUACAGCUGAGAAAGAUGCACCGGCUAAUAAUCCUAGCCUACGAGGGUUUGAGGUCAUUGAUAAUGCCAAGGCUCGACUUGAAGGCAUUUGUCCCGGAGUUGUAUCAUGUGCUGAUAUAAUUGCUUAUGCUGCCAGAGACAGUGUGGAAAUGACUGGAGGAUUUGGCUAUGAUGUUCCUGGAGGAAGAAGAGAUGGUUCAGUCUCCCUAGCUUCAGAUACCACCUUGAAUCUGCCUCCAUCAUUUGGUGAUGUCAACCUCCUUACAAAAAUAUUUUCCGAAAAAGGAUUAUCACAAGAUGAGAUGGUUAUCCUAUCUGGGGCUCACACCAUAGGGCGUGCACACUGCCCUUCAUUCACAAAGAGGCUAUACAAUUUCAGCCCAGAAACAGCUCAAGACCCGAGUAUAGAUCCAUCCUAUGCGGCUCAACUGCAGCAGCAAUGCCCAUCAGAAAAUGAUGGGGCUGACAUUGUAGUCCCAAUGGAUCCUGUUAGCCCAUUCCUUUCUGACACUGCAUACUACAAUAACAUCCUUAACAACCGGGGCUUGUUCACAUCAGAUCAGACACUAGUAUCAGACCCUACUACUGCAGACCUUGUUAGCCAGUAUGCAGCAAAUCCACCACUUUGGGGAAGUAAAUUUGCUGAUGCAAUGGUUAAGAUGGGUCAGAUUGGUGUUCUUACUGGUGAUCAAGGAGAGAUUCGAACAAAUUGUAGGGUAGUUAAUUAAUUUAUUGAAGAUAUAUAAAAUGUAUGGAUUUGCUAAGUGCUGAAAUCAAUAAUAUUUGAAGCAUUAUAUGUAGAUUUUUAUUGAAGAUAUUGUUGUUAUUAGCAUUUGUGGCUCCAUUUAUAUCAUUUGAGUGCUACAACCCUUUUUAAUCCAUUAUAGGAUAUUAUCUAUUUUUUGAGAGAUUGUAUUGAGAUAAUUUUAAUACAAGAAGCUUAUAUUCUGAUCA